AUGGCGUCUACUCCUCAAGAGAACCAGGAUUGUGGGCUUGGUACACCCCCAACGAUGGGUUCAUUCGAUGCCAAAAACUCCUCUGUUGAAUAUAUUAGUGAAACCAUCGAACACAAGUCAUUGCCUUCACCCGCACCGUCGGUCAAGAGCUUCGGUGCCAUCUCCCGCAAAAGCACUUCAGUACCACCCACGCUCUCAUGGCGAUUCUCCAACCCUCCGGCGAUCAAACCCAUUACGACCCCAUGUCAACCGGCCGCAAGAAAGCAGCACGAAGAACUAGUCCAGAUCCAAUACCGCAGCUGGUGCGCCGACGUCUCGAUAUUCCACUACGCCGAUGCGAUCGUUCCUGUGAAGACUUUCAUGACGAGCUUGACGCACUUUGGCCUGGGCUACGAGCACACGCUUAGGGCCGUGGACUUUCUGAGUGAUCAAAGCUGUUUUCCCGUUGCUCCAGGGAAUGAACCCGUGCCCGGAACCAUCGAGGCAGUGUACCUGCCCAACAUCUUCCGCAACAAGGGCUCCGCUGUGGGUUUCAGGAACGAGGCUGAGGACGAGAUUCUGUUGUAUUGCUUCAAUGUUCCUGUGGAGUCGUAUCUGAUAGAUGCUCGAAGCGCCAAUGGUGAUAAGUUGUUCGAUAAGGUGGCUAUUCUGGAGAAAGGUGGUACAGCGAAGGAUGGGAAGGGUUGGAAGGGCAACAUAGAGCACAUGGUAUGGCAUAUCGGCGUGAACACUGCGACGAGGAAGCCAAUCCGAUUGAAGCUGUCCCAAAAGCCACUGCUAUCGAGGACGCCGCAGAAGUCACUCAUGUCGAAGACGCCACAGAGACCAUCCAAGACCGACUUUCCUGGCGCAACAUCGCCUCUACCAUAUGUUGGUGAGACUGUUGGAAGAGGAGGAAAGGUUGUCAAUCCAAAUCGAGCAACGAGGGGCUCUGGAAUUGUGUCAAGGAGGUAUCGAUAUUGAUGGUCAGACGUUCUGGAACUUAUACUGCCCUAUGCUACUCUUACAGGGCAGUACAGCUGCGAGUAUGUCCUUACCAGCGCCUCUGAAUACUGUCUUGCAAAUAAGGCCCCGCAAACACGCAGUAUACU